AUGUUCAGAACUGUUUCAGUGCAGUGCGAACGAGGAUCGCCGCUGCGAAUCGGAGAGGAGUCACAGCGCUGUCAGGCCAACAAUCAGUGUCCGAUGUCGCACGAAUGUCGAGUCGAUCAAGGAGUCUGCUGUCCGAGAAAACAGACGAUCUGUGCUCAACCGCUGAGAGUUGGAGAUUGCACGGAAAACGUGAAACGGUACUGGUACAACGCAAAAGCGAGGCAGUGUCAAAUGUUCGAGUAUACAGGUAAGCAAGAGUUCUACUACUUGUUCGUCCAGUUAAAGAUUCUCAAAGGAUUUUCACCGUGCUUCAUGGCUGAGCGCAUCCAGAAGAUGUACUGGUAUUGA